CGGAAUGGCAAGCAACGCGAGGAAAUCAAAAAGGGAUUUAUAUCAUGGCCGAUGCAAAAGUCAUCCUCAUCACAGGUGCCAACACCGGAAUCGGCUUCCACGUCGCGAGGGCCUUAUACAGCGCCGACAGGGCGUACAGCAUUAUCAUUGCCGCGAGAUCACUAUCCAAAGCGCAAGACGCGAUCAGCGAAAUCCAGAGCGAGUGCUCGUCUUCAUCGAGCAAGCUGACACCCGCGGUUCUCGAUCUCGAGUCGGACGAGUCUAUCGAGAAAGCCUACGACGAGGUAAAGGGAACAUUUGGGAAGGUGGAUGCGCUUGUUAAUAACGCUGGAGCACAAUUCGACCAGCGCGGUCUCCGUGGCGAGAUCUCCACGCGCGAAGCCUGGAAUAAAUCGUGGGACGUCAACGUCACAGGGACCCAGAUCGUAACAGCAACGUUCAUCCCUUUGCUCCUGCAAAGUGACGACCCGCGUAUAGUCUUCGUUACAUCUGGGACAGCGACGCUCGAAGGCACUGUGACCAAGACCACACCUGCUGACCGGAUGGUCCCUGAGCCUGGGUGGCCGAAGACAAUGAUGAAUGUGGCUGCGUACCGCAGCGCCAAGACGGGCCUGAAUAUGAUGAUGCGCGAGUGGGAUCGGAUCCUGACGAAGGAUGGGGUCAAGGUGUUUGCGAUCAGCCCGGGGCUGUUGGCGACGAAUUUAGGUGGGAAUCCGGAGAUUUUGAAGAAGAUGGGAGCCGGGGAUCCGGCUGUUGCAGGGGCACUGUUUCGGGAUGUACUUGAGGGGAGGCGUGACGGGGAUGUUGGGAGGGUGGUCAAUCGGGAUGGGGUGCAACCUUGGUAGGCCAGUGCGUACUGAGACUUGAUGUUUAUGAAUUUAAAUGUUGUGGAGCUGCUGUAUUAUGGCUUGGAAUACUACGCAGGGUGGGUUUGGUUAGUUAGGGCACAGCCAGCGGCAAUUACCUCUUCUCUGCCCGAACGCCACACGCGAGGGGUCGAUAGGCUUAACUGAACGUCCCUAGAGUUAACCCGCGCUCAUAGGUGUCAUCCUGACGCGAUUCGAGAUCAAGGGCUGGGCCAGCCCAUGGUGAGAGCAGCGUCCAUGGCAGGGAAGCCAGAUGAUCAUGUGAUGUCACCGUGAUGCAAAUGUCGCGUCGACGAGAGCAAAAGAUAUCUUGAUAUUAAAGAAGAGAGAGUCAGCGGACG